GCGGGGAGGGUCGCCGCGGCGCUCGGGGUGGACCUGCCAGGUGAGGCGCGGUCACCCCGGCCUCUCACUUCCGCCCAGGUGAGCCAGGGCCGCGCCGGGCCCGCCGGGGCUCCCCGCCGCGCCGCCGCGGGACCAGGUUUCUUUAAAAGCGACUAAAGAGAACAAGUCAGAAUGCCUGAGAAUCCCGCCACAGAUAAACUGCAGGUCCUGCAAGUCCUCGACCGCCUGAGACUGAAACUGCAGGAGAAGGGUGACACAUCGCAGCAUGAGAAGCUGUCUCUGUUCUACGAGACGCUCAAGAGUCCUCUCUUUAACCAGAUCCUCACCCUCCAGCAGUCCAUCAAGCAGCUGAAGGGGCAACUCAGCCAUUUACCCUCAGAUUGCUCGGCCAACUUUGAUUUUUCAAGGAAAGGUCUGUUAGUGUUCACAGACAGCGCCAUUACUAAUGGGAGUGCCCACAGGCCUGCCGCAUCUGGGCUAUUUCCUUGGACCCCCAAGUCAGGAAAUGAAGACUUUACCGCAAUCAUUCAACAGAUGGCUCAGGGCCGGCAAAUUGAGUAUAUAGAUAUCGAACGGCCUUCCACCGGCGGCCUGGGGUUCAGCGUGGUGGCCCUGCGGAGUCAGAGUCUGGGAGAGGUCAACAUCUUUGUGAAGGAAGUGCAGCCAGGCAGCAUCGUGGCCAGGGAUCAAAGGUUAAAGGAAAAUGACCAGAUCCUGGCUAUUAACCACACGCCCCUGGAUCAGCGCGUUUCCCAUCAGCAGGCGAUUGCCUUGUUGCAACAAACCACUGGGUCUUUGCGCCUGGUUGUAGCCCGAGAAGGCACCCACGUGACGAACGCUUCCACCAGCCUCCCUGACGUGCAUCUGCCUGAAACAGUUUGUUGGGGCCAUGUUGAAGAUGUUGAGCUCGUUAAUGAUGGUUCCGGGUUAGGUUUUGGAAUAGUUGGGGGAAAGUCAACUGGUGUGGUCGUGAGGACUAUCGUCCCUGGAGGACUAGCAGACCGAGAUGGCCGGCUCCAAACAGGAGACCACAUCUUGAAGAUCGGUUCCACAAAUGUGCAGGGAAUGACCAGUGAGCAAGUUGCCCAAGUGCUGAGGAACUGUGGGAAUUCAGUCAGGAUGCUCGUGGCCAGAAACCCCAUGGGUGAAAUUUCUGUAACUCCUCCAACCCCAACAUCCUUACCUGUUGCUCAGCCGACUGCAACCCACAGAAGCUCAAGUUUUGAUGAUUUUACUCUUUCUGAAACUUACGAUGUUGAACUCAUUAAAAAGGACGGACAAAGUCUUGGAAUUAGAAUUGUAGGCUACAUUGGAAACUCUCAUACAGGGGAAGCUUCAGGGAUUUAUGUGAAAAGUAUAAUACCUGGCAGUGCUGCAUAUCACAAUGGUCAAAUUCAAACCAAUGACAAAAUAAUUGCUGUCGAUGGUGUCAAUAUUCAGGGCUUCUCCAACCAGGAUGUUGUCGAAGUUUUACGCAAUGCAGGGCAAGUGGUCCACCUCACCCUUGUCCGAAGGAAGGCUCCGUCUUCUACUCCUCCUCCUGAGCAGUCCAUGAAGAGAGGCAGUGCCACAGAACCUCCGAAAACACCAACUCUCUUUCUAACUGGAGCAGUGGAGACUGAAACUACUCUGGAUGGUGAGGAGGAAGAGGAAACUGAAGAAAAAAUGGAUAAUCUGAAUAUGGACAGUGCACCUGUAGUAGAGAAAACGGAAAGAGUCCCAGACACUCCAGAAAAUGAGCUGAAAUCCAGAUGGGAAAACAUAUUGGGCCAUGAUUAUGAAGUAAUGGUUGCAACAUUGGACACACAAGUUGCUGAUGAUGCUGAAUUACAGAGAUAUUCCAAGCUGCUGCCCAUUCACACGCUGAGGCUUGGCAUGGAAGUGGAUUCCUUUAACGGGCACCAUUACAUUUCUUCGAUUGUCCCGGGCGGUCCUCUGGAUAUGCUGGGCCUCCUCCAGCCAGAAGAUGAGCUUCUUGAGGUCAACGGCGUCCAGCUGUACGGGAAGUCGCGCCGGGAGGCCGUCUCUUUCCUGAAGGCAGUGCCACCCCCCUUUACCUUGGUUUGCUGCCGGCGGUUAUUCGAUGAUGAUGAGGUCUCUGUUGAUGACCCCAGGAGCCCUGUUACCUCUCCUCCUGCGAUGGAGGCUGACCGCAAUGUAGAUGUCAAUAAUGAAGAUGAGGAUGAUGAUGGGGAGUUAGCUCUCUGGUCUCCUGAAGUCAAGAUUGUUAAACUAGUAAAAGAUCAGAAGGGCCUAGGAUUCAGCAUUUUGGAUUACCAGGACCCCUUGGACCCUACAAAGUCAGUGAUCGUGAUCCGCUCCCUGGUGGCAGAUGGUGUCGCAGAAAGAAGUGGGGCAUUGUUACCCGGGGACCGCCUGGUGUCAGUCAAUGACCACUAUUUGGACAACACCCCACUUGCAGAAGCCGUGGAAGUGUUGAAGGCUGUGCCACUGGGCACCGUGCACCUUGGCAUCUGUAAACCUUUAGUGGAAGAUGAUAAAGAGGAAGAAUGUCAUUAUAUUUUGCCUUCAAACAAUAAUGAAGACAAAACUGAAGUUUCAGGAACAACUCAGGAUAUAAGUUCAUCUUUAAUACUUGAAGCACCCAAGGAAUUUAGAGAUGAGCCCCAUUUUGAAGAAGAGCUUGUGGAUGAGCCCUGUCUUCGUUUGGGGAAAUCUUUCCAGUCUCGGCAAAAUGAGAUAGACCACAGCCCAGAGGCCUGGGAGAUGGAUGAAUUCUUGACUCCCCACCUGCAGGAACUGGGGGAAGAAAGGGAAAUGCUCGUCGAUGAAGAAUACGAGCUCUAUCAGGAUUGUUUGCAGUCCAUGGAGAUGUAUCCCUCGCCACACAUGCCCGGGACCGCUCCUCUCCCCACCGGGAGGGAACCCCACUAUGGCACCCAGUGGGUACAGGAGAGCGAAUCCCCCGAGCUGCAGGAAGCAAGACCCUCGAUGAGCCUCUAUCCCCAGGAAGUGCGGCAGUAUGGCUACAGCCCUGAGCACAUGAUGAAAGAAGAUUUUGGCAUCGAUGCCCUCCCCUCCAUACCUUCCACGGAAGGAAACAAUCAACAAGGCAGAUUUGAUGAUCUGGAAAAUCUUCAUUCAUUAACUGAAAGCAGCCUGGAUUUAGACAUGGUGAUUGCGGAUGAUGGCCAAGAUCCUGGUGUGCUUGCUGACCUUCCUGCUGUGGCUCGAAGAAGGGAGGAAGAAGACCUGCCUAUAUACCAACUCCCCAGAACACACAAUGUGCCCAGGGCCUCGGCAUACACAGGAAUGUUGAGUUCCAGAUAUGCCUCUGAUACAUGUGAGUUACCCGAGAGAGAAGAAGGAGAAGGAGAGGAGACCCCAAACUUCAGCCACUGGGGUCCACCAAGAAUUGUGGAGAUUUUUAGGGAGCCCGAUGUGUCUCUGGGGAUUAGUAUUGUUGGUGGACAAACCAUUAUAAAACGCCUGAAGAAUGGAGAAGAGCUGAAAGGAAUAUUCAUCAAACAAGUUUUAGAAGACAGUCCAGCAGGAAGAACAAAUGCUCUUAAAACUGGAGAUAAAAUACUUGAGGUGUCUGGAGUGGAUCUGCAGAAUGCAUCUCACACAGAGGCCGUGGAAGCCAUCAAGAAUGCAGGGAACCCAGUGGUGUUUGUGGUUCAGAGCCUGUCACCCACACCAAGAAUCAUCCCAAAUGCGCAGAACAAGGCCAACAGAAUUACUAGUAAUCAAGACCAAGGCGCCCCGCAAAAAAGAGGAAAGAGACGGGGAGGUGCACCACCACCAAUGAAACUACCGCCACCGUACAGAGCUCUGUCCGAUGACAGUGAGGACAAUGAAGAAGAAUAUGCAUUUACUAACAAAAAAAUCAGGCAGAGAUAUGCAGACCUGCCGGGAGAAUUGCACAUCAUUGAACUUGAAAAGGAUAAGAAUGGACUUGGACUCAGUCUUGCUGGCAAUAAGGACAGGUCACGCAUGAGUAUCUUUGUGGUAGGAAUUAACCCGGAAGGACCUGCUGCCAUGGAUGGACGGAUGAGGAUUGGAGACGAACUGUUAGAGAUAAACAAUCAGAUCCUGUAUGGAAGAAGUCACCAAAAUGCAUCUGCCAUUAUCAAGACCGCCCCUCCCAAGGUCAAGCUGGUUUUUAUCAGAAAUGAAGAUGCAGUCAGUCAGAUGGCCGUCACUCCCUUUGUCUUGACGGCAAGUUCACCAUCUUCUCUGGAGGAUCAGAGUGGCCCCGACACGGCUGACUGUGAGGAAGAUGGCAGCCUCGAUGUGAGCAUUAAACAACUGUCUGAAAGUGAGAGCUCCAGACAGGAGGACACGUCCCCGGUGACAGGACAAGGCAUGCUGGCCGAGCCACAGAGGGCACCAAAGUGCCCAGCGGACCAUACUCCAGGGCCAGCCCGGUGCCUCGCUGCCUCCACCAGAAUCUUCCAGCUGGGCCUGGGUUCCCUGGCUAACUACAGAUCCAGAAGGCAGGCUGUCAGUCAGAUGAAACAGCAAAAGUGUUCUGCGAAGGCCUCCUUCAGUUUGCAAGAGAUACCCUUAGCGCCAACUCCAUCCUUCCCAUCACCAGAUGCAGACGUCCCCAGCUAUGGUGGCUUCCAGGCUCCUCUAUCCGUGGACCCUGCCACGUGUCCCAUUGUCCCCGGCCAGGAAAUGAUUAUAGAAAUAUCCAAGGGACGGUCCGGGCUUGGCCUCAGCAUCGUGGGAGGAAAAGACACACCCUUGGAUGCUAUAGUUAUACAUGAAGUCUAUGAAGAAGGAGCAGCUGCCAGAGAUGGAAGACUUUGGGCUGGUGACCAGAUAUUAGAGGUGAACGGGACCGACCUGCGGAGCGCCAGCCACGAGGAGGCCAUCACCGCGCUGAGGCAGACCCCACAGAAGGUGCGGCUGGUGGUGUUCCGGGCCGAGGCUCACUACCGGGACGAGGAGAACCUGGAGGUCUUCCCCGUGGAUCUGCACAAGAAGACGGGCCGCGGGCUGGGCCUGAGCAUCGUGGGGAAACGAAACGGAAACGGGGUGUUCAUCUCCGACAUCGUGAAGGGGGGAGCUGCAGACCUGGAUGGAAGGCUCACCCAGGGCGAUCAGAUCCUGUCUGUGAACGGGGAGGACAUGAGAAGCGCCUCCCAGGAGACCGUCGCCACUGUCCUCAAGUGUGCACAGGGGCUUGUGCAGCUAGAGAUCGGAAGACUCCGAGCUGGUUCCUGGACCUCCUCGAGAAAGACAUCACAGAUCAGUCAGGGGGCUCUGCACGGCACACACAGUGGCUUUCCUCCUGCCAUCGCUCCCGUCCUCACCAGCCUGCAGAACCUGGUCGGCACAAAGAGAACCUCAGAUCCUGCCCCGCAAAAUCCAGCCACUGAUACGGGACCAAGAACUGUUGAGAUCGUCAGGGAGCUCAGCGAUGCCCUUGGAAUCAGUAUUGCUGGCGGCAAAGGAAGCCCCUUAGGAGAUAUUCCUAUAUUCAUUGCCAUGAUACAGGCCAACGGUGUUGCCGCUCGGACACAGAAGCUGAAAGUUGGAGACCGGAUUGUCAGCAUUAACGGGCAACCUUUGGAUGGGCUGACGCACACCGAUGUGGUUAAUGUGCUGAAGAACGCGUACGGGCGCAUUAGCCUACAGGUGGUAGCAGAUACCAACAUCGGCGCCAUCGCCUCCCAGUUUGAGUCCAUGACGACGGGCCAAGCCGGUUCCCCCACCGGAGACUACAACCCCGAAGAUGCUGAAACACCUGCACCUAAGAUUAUUACUUUGGAGAAAGGCUCUGAAGGGCUGGGGUUCAGCAUUGUUGGGGGUUAUGGAAGUCCCCAUGGAGACCUGCCAAUUUACGUCAAGACUAUAUUUGCAAAGGGAGCCGCUGCUGACGACGGCCGCCUGAAGCGCGGGGAUCAGAUCCUAGCGGUGAACGGCGAGAGCCUGGAAGGCGUCACUCACGAGCAAGCCGUGGCCAUUCUGAAACGCCAGCGUGGGACCGUCUCCCUGACGGUGCUGCCCUGAAGUCCCCAGGGGGCCCCCCACCCCAAGCCAGUCUGCUAUAGGUCCCCCGAGAAGGAUAACGCUCUGUGCCAGGAUGAGGGGCAGCCUUGCCGGAGAGCCACCUCCAACGUCGUCGUCAGCUGCGUGGGGACCACUGGAUGUCCCCCGGCCUCACCCUCCCCAGCUUCCCUCACCGCUGGGCCAGGCGAGGCGAGAAGGGGUCUGGGCUAUUCUGCAUUUCACAUCUGGCCUCUCACCCCGUCGGAGCUGGUUCCUCUGAUGGUCUCCGCUGAAACCAGAGUGAAGGCCCUUCCCCCUUCCCCUUCCUGCAUCCUUCCCGCCCUGCCCUCCCGAGGCUGGAUGGCAGCCUCUGCUCCCAUCCGGCGAGCAGGAACAAGUGUUAGAGCAAACUGCCAGCUCGCUGGUGACUUAACUCGUGCUAACUGUCCCUUCCAGUAUGCGGGAAAACACUAGCCGUAUAAUCAACUUACCAGGGAGCCCCCCAGCCUCCGAGGGGAGAUGACCGCACUCUCUCCUGCACCACAGACAGUCCAGCCAAUCUCCAGUUCACCUCUCCGGGUAGACCUUUUUACCGGUGUGUCCCAGGUGAGGGAGGGAGUCAGUUUGCAAACUCUCAUCUCCACUGCCAGGAAGGCUUCUCCGUCCCUCCCUUCCCUGAGCACGCGCGCCCGCCUUCGCACCCAGGGAAGUGGGCCCCACGCUCUGACUCCCAACAACCCCGAGGCAUGUUCCAGUCUGGGAAGCUUCUCUGGGGUCCCUGGUGUCACAGAGACGAGCAGCGUUCCCACCCCGUCGCCUGCCCCCGAGGAGGGAGAGGGCCCCAAACUGGAGCCAAGAAGAGCACAUGUUUCUUCAAUGAAGCCACAUCUGGGGAGGGAGGCCUGACCGUGUCGAGGAGCACAACAGCAUUGGUGAUGCUUCUCCUGGCUGUCCCAAGGCACUGGAGCAGCCCAGAUUGUGAGGCACAGUCACAAUACACUGAGCCACUUGGUGACAAGAGAUCAAGCUGGACCUCGGAAUCAGAGAUGGCAAUGCAAGCUCAUGUUUCACACUCUCCAGGGCACUUUCCAUUGGCUGGAAUUGUUGCUUGCCAAGAAAGCAACAGCAGGGGCCAGAGAGAUAGUACAGUGGUUAGGGCUCUUGCCUUGCAUGGGCUGACCAGGCUGGCUUCAAUCCCCAGCGCCACACAUGGUUCUCCAUACACGGCCAGGAGUGAUCCCUGAGUGCAGAGGCAGGAGGAAGCCCUGAGUACCAACCAGGUGUGACACCCCUAAAGCCCCAAAAAUAAGGAAAGCAAACACAAAGAAUUUACAAGAAGUUGGCGGUCUUAUUCUUAUAGUACUAAUCUGGCAUAUGACAGUCUUAUUAGAGAAAAUCUUUCAGGAGAGGGAAGAUCCUUACAUCUCCCAUAAUAAAGACCACCUCCUAGGGUCCGUGGUAGUUGGGCAUGACUUAACUAAAAGCACGUUGCUGCCAUGAUUCACAAUAAGUGUCCAAAUGUAAUGAGUUCUGACUUAAAAUGUUAUUUAAUAUGGAUAGCUUUUGAUCAAGAAUCAGCUUUGAGUAGAUGUUCUCACGAAGUGCAUUAACUCUUGUUGGAAUAUCUUGUGGCUAUUCCAAAUUAAAGAGUGCCUAAAUUUUACGUUCACACUAUCUUUCCUGAUUGGUCUUAAGUUUUCUGAAAUGACACAUGGCUUAUGGAAUCACUCAUCUCCCUGGUAGGGGCAGUCUUAGAAUCUAGCCUUUCCAUGCAUGAGAAACUGUCUCCGUCUCAGAAUGUUCUGUGUUAGGAUCUCGGGAAGAUCAGCUCAUGCACCAAGGAAGAAAAUGAAGCCCAAAUGAAACUUGAAAAUGCACCUUUCAAAAAAUUAUAUAGAUAAUAAUUUUGAAAUGAUUCUGCUUGAUUUUGAUGGACUGAACAUUAAAUAUACAUUUU